ACAGCUAGUGUUGGGGAGCGUUGCGGAGUACGGAGUCCGAAAUUGUGACACGCGCAGAUGGAAAACAUAGGUCGUCUUCGCCUCCGUUAAAUGAUGGGAAGCAAUCCUCCCGAGAACGGGACCAAGCCGAGAUCCACCAGGAACCGCAACAACCACCAAAACCACCGAGUGGUACGCAAACAGCCGCCGCGUCCCGCCAGCGAUCGCCACAACAUCUACAUCACCAGCAAGACAGAUUUUAAGUCCCAGCAGCGCCGCUGUGAGGAGCUGCUUAACUCCGGAGCCAAGGAGAUCUUCCUGCACUGCAUGGGCUUCUCGGUCACCCGGGGACUCAAUCUCGCCCUGCGCCUUGUCCAGAAUUCUGAGGGCGCUCUUAGCUACGCGAUUAACACCUCCACCGUUCAGCUGGUGGACGAACUGCAUCCACUUUGCGAUGCCGAGGACGUAACCUUCCGGCAGCGCAACAACUCGGCCCUGCACAUCAAGAUCUUCAAUCGCAGUUUAUUUGACAUUGUUGUGCCGCAACCAUCGCAGUCACAAACUUUGGCUCAAUUCCGAGGCAAACAACCAAAGUUCAGGCAAUAG